CGUCCGCCCGCCCGGCGACCAUGGACAUCCCCCCGACCCACUUCCCCGCUUCCAGGGCGGCCUCGGUGGCGGAGAACUGCAUCAACUAUCAGCAGGGCACCCCCCACAAGCUGUUCGCCCUGCGGGCCGUCACCAGGGCCGCCAUGGAGGACAUUCCAGGAACUGGACAUAAAUAUCAUCUUAAAUUUUCUGUGGAAGAAAUCAUCCAGAAACAAAUUACCGUGAACUGCACAGCUGAGGUACUGUACCCUCCCAAAGGGCAGAACACUGCACCAGAGGUUGAUUUCACAUUUGAAGGAGAAAUUGGGAAGAACCCAGAUGAAGCAGAUAACAAAUUUUAUGAAAAACUUAAGACUAUGAAGGAACCACUGGAAGCGCAAAAUAUUCCAGACAAGUUUGGCAAUGUAUCUCCAGAAAUGGAACCAGUUCGACACCUCGCCUGGGUUGCCUGUGGUUACAUAAUAUGGCAGAAUUCGACCGAGGACACAUGGUACAAAUUGACGGGCAUUCAAAGUGUCAAGCAGGUGACAAGAAACGAUGAUUUUAUCGAAUUAGACUACACCAUUCUACUUCAUGAUAUUGCAUCUCAGGAAAUUAUUCCCUGGCAAAUGCAAGUUCUCUGGCAUCCACAGUAUGGCGUUAAAGUAAAGCACAACAGCCGCCAACCCAAGAAAGGACAACUGGAAUAAUACUUUAGUAUCGGGCAACCAGUCUGCUUGCUUAUUCGGUGUUCACCUUAUCUUCACCUAUAUUUAGCUUAAGGACCAAACUAAUCCCGAGAUGGUAAGAUAUGAAUGUCUUGACUGCAUUGUAACAUUGUGUUGACUCCAAAAUAAAACCUCAAAAUGUC